AUGUAUCGCGUAAGCAAUGCGGGAACCACUUCACCAACACUAUCAUCGCCUAUUUUUGUUGAUGUGCCUACAACCGGCAGCAAUCUAUUAUUACAAGUUCCGUUUUUAGGAAAUCUGUUUGGUACGCUUGGGCAACUAGGCGGCAUUGAUGAUCGCAUUGUUCAAGCACAUAUCCGUAACAAUCAAUUAUUUGCAGUUCAUACUAUACCUGUAACUGCUGCAGGGGUUGGAAGCGCAAGUGGUGAUCGUUAUGGCCAACGCUGGUACCAAUUUAAUGUUGCAAGCGCAACCCCAACCCUGGUUCAAGCAGGAACACUAUGGGAUCAAAGCCCAACUAAUACCCUUCAUUAUAUUUAUGGCUCAAUCAUGACCAACACACGAGGCGAUCUGGCAAUUUCUGGCACCGUAGCCGGCGUAGCGCUUGCUCCAAGUGCUUUUGUAGUUGGCAGAUUAACCAGCGAUCCGCUGGGCACACUACGAGUUGGAGCCGUAAUAAAUGACAUAAUUUACGCACAAGGCCAAGGAACAUUCUU